UUGAUUGGUUGGAAAGGCAGACGUGAGCUGGUGGGGAGGUCUGGGGAGGCCGUGAGGUGCGCAGAACAACUUGCCUGGUGCUCCGUGGAAACCAGGCUGUGUGGAAACGUUAACCCGACCUGGUCCCCGGAAAUGCGAGGAUCGGCCUCAGGCUUUCUUUACAUGCUGUCCUGAAUAAAUGGGAAAGGGAAUGUUGGCACCUGACACCAUCCCACCCCCCCUCAUUUAUUGGGGACGCUAUAUGGGACAGUGAAGCAAUGGUCAGACCGAUGCCCUGCUCUGACGUUAAAACUAAUAAAAUGAACAAUUAAAACACGUGAUUCACUCCUUUAUAGGUGCCUUUUAACCAAACAGGCACAGGAUAUGUUCUUUGGACCUAGGAUCAUAUGGAUGCUCCAUGAGACCCCGCGGAAAAAACCCUAAAAUGGGGGCUCUGGUCUUUGCUCCUAGAAUAGCCUGAGAACUGGGACUCGCUUCUGGUCUCCAGGGCAACAGGCCAGGUGACCAAUCAGGUCGCAGACCCGGGGUCAUUGUUGGAGGCAGACGUGUUGCCAUGACUCCUGAAACCUGGGUGACUGGAUGAUACAGAGACAAGAGCCUGCUUGUGUCCUGGGCCGGUGUCCCGCAAGUGUGUGGACAUGUCUGGGGGAAAGGCCACGAAAGUAGAAGAGAGUUUUCAAAGGGUCCUGGGAUUUAAGAAGAUGGUCGACAGGUGGCAGAAUUCACACACCCACUGUGUGUGGCAGACGACGCUGGGCCAGAGGAGAAACCUGUAUGCUGCCCUAAGGAUGCAGGACACCAGGGGACAGGAGUUGGCACUGGCCGACAAGCAGCUGCUGAUGGCCCGUCGAGCGGCCCUGCACCAGCUGCUUGAACAGGAGCAUCAGCAGUACCAGCAGGAACUGAAUCUGACGGGCAGAGCAUUUUAUGUGGAGAGACUCUGACGGUGCCCAAAACAAAGCUGGCUCUUAAUGGCUCGAAGGCAGACAUAUGGCUCAUUCUACGGCCCUGAAUCCCUAUUGGCUGCAAAAGUGUUUAGCUGUACCCGUGAUCUUAAAACAGCUUCCUGGGUUUUGCUCA